AUGACACGUUGGAGUGAGACCAAAGUAUUCAACCGUGUCAAAGACAGCUACGUACCAUCGUGUCAUCUCGUCCUCAUUGCCAUUGCCAUCAAAGAGUCGCGUCAACCAUUCACAGCUCCUCUCACAUCCACGUCCACAACUCCGUUUGUCAAGUCUACAUCAGGUAAAGCAACACCUCCCGUAGACGCCACGAAAAGCAAUCGGUUCGAGGUGCUGAAACAAGUCCCACAAGCGUCGCAAAAUAGAGACCCUCCGGCCUACUAUGUUGACCGGCAACGCUCACCACUGCGAGUACAACGCUACUCACACUCGAUGAUGGGUUGUUAUUUUAGCGAGUGCGGAUUGUGCUUGGGACAGACUAACUUGGGAGAAGAGAUCGGCCUCACUGAAGUGGCUUGUAUUGAGUUCAACGUAAAGAAAGUGGCCACUUAUGAGGAUGGUGAAUUAUGA